AUGCCUGUACUCAGGAGGUCCUGUGUCCGAACCUCGGUAGAUGACGUCACUCUACAGUGUAAAAAUGUACUUUAUCCUAACUGCCCCUCAACUACGUGGGUCUAUAAUAACAGGUCAAACAGAGCUACUGAUGAACUGGUCGCUCAUGGGAAGAUCAGAGACCCACAGAAACACAGGAGACUAGUGAGAAAGUCGCAGUCCGAUGGCACCGUGACCCUCCAGUGUCUCCUGUACACCUUUCAUGGUCCUGGACGGUGUGAUUAUCCCCCAUUUCAUACUGUGACUCUGUGGUGGGUUAGUGAUACAGACCCCCCGGGGCAGAUAGAUCCCAGCUCCCAGACACACACAGACCCCCCAGGGCAGAUAGAUCCCAGCUCCCAGACACACACAGACCCCCCAGGGCAGAUAGAUCCCAGCUCCCAGACACACACAGACGCCCCGGGGCAGAUAGAUCCCUGCUCCCAGAUACACACAGACUCCCCGGGGCAGAUAGAUCCCUGCUCCCAGACACACAGACCACCCGGGGCAGAUAGAUCCCAGCUCCCAGACACACACACAGACCCCCUGGGGCAGAUAGAUCCCUGCUCUCAGAAACACACAGACGCCCUGGGGCAGAUAGAUCCUAUCUCCCAGACACAUACAGACCCCCCGGGGCAGAUAGAUCCCAGCUCCCAGACACACACAGACCCCCCGGGGCAGAUACAUCCCACCUCCCAGACACACACAGACACCCCAGGGCAAAUAGAUCCCAGCUCCCAGACACACACAGAUGCCCCGGGGCAGAUAGAUCCCAGCUCCCAGACACACAAAGACCCCCGAGGGCAGAUAGAUCCCUGCUCCCAGACACAUACAGACCCCCCGGGGCAGAUAGAUCCCUGCUCCCAGACACACACAGAUGCCCCGGGGCAGAUAGAUCCCAGCUCCCAGACACACACAGACGCCCCAGGGCAGAUAGAUCCUAGCUCCCAGACACACACACAUCCCCCGGGGCAGAUCGAUCCCUGCUCCCAGACACACACAGACCCCCCAGGGGAGAUCGAUCCCUGCUCCCAGACACACACAGACCCCCCGGGAUGGUUCUUCACCUCCCCGCAUGUCAGAGAAUGA